AUGCUCGAAAGCUUCGCACCAACUGUCCUUGAAGAUCAACCGCGUUUCGACAAUGCCAGUGCCUCAGUGAUCUGGGAGCAUUUCCAAAAAUGGGUGUCCACUGCGCCACAGGAGGAACAGGGAAUCCCAUCUGAGGAAGCGGUGUUCAAAAGUUCAGGGAGGUAUAAGUUCUGCCUCAUGGUUAAUGAGGAGGCGUUGCAGUCAGUUCUGAAUGCUCCACCCCCAGAGGACAUCAAUGACUCUGGUUAUGUUAUUCUUGUCAAUGGGCAGUGGGAGCCGGAAGUUUUAACUGAGGACGAAUUAGCAGCGUACGAUUCCCCACCUGAUGAGGAUUUUUACGAUCCGAUUGAGGGAUCUACUCUCAGGGACGUUGGAUGGAUGAAAAUGUUCUAUGAUCAAGCUGUCAUAAACAGUUUUGUUAAUAUGGGGGACAGGUUUGACUGGGAUAGGGAGUAUCGCCGCCCUCCCAUUAUUGGGUUCAAGUUUUAA